UCCCUCUGGGAUACCACCAUCUCCUACACAGGGUGUGCGGCCCAAGUAUUUUUUUUUUGUCUUUUUCAUUUCAGCAGAGUAUUUCCUCCUGACCAUCAUGUGCUACAACCGCUACGUGUCCAUCUGCAAACCCCUGCACUACGGGACCCUCCUGGGCAGCAGAGCUUGUGCCCACAUAGCAGCAGCUGCCUGGGCCAGUGCCUUUCUCAAUGCUCUCAUGCACACAGCCAAUACAUUUUCCCUGCCCCUAUGCCAUGGCAAUGCCCUGGGCCACUUCUUCUGUGAAAUCCCCCAGAUCCUCAAACUCUCCUGCUCCCAAUCCUAUGUCAGAGAACUUGGGCUCAUUGCAGUUAGUGCCUGUUUGGUAUUUGGCUGUUUUGUGUUCAUUGUUUUUUCCUAUGUGCAGAUGUUCAGGGCUGUGAUGAGGAUCCCCUCUGAGCAGGGACGGCACAAAGCCUUUUCCACCUGCCUCCCUCACCUGGCAGUGGUGUCCUUGUUUAGCAGCACUUCCCUAUUUGCCCACCUGAAGCCCCCCUCCAUGUCCUCCCCAUCCCUGGAUGUGGCCCUGUCAGUUCUGUACUCGGUGGUGCCUCCAGCCCUGAACCCCCUCAUCUACAGCCUGAGGAACCAGGAGCUCAAGGCUGCAGUGAGAAGAUUGAUGGCUGAAUGA